AUGAGCGACGAAUAUGGCUACGUAAACUACGCGGCCCAGUACCGCCAGCAGCAGCCCCAGGCGUAUGGAGUCAGCGCCAGUGCGUACGGUGGUGAUGGACUGACAAACAACUACGGUGGCUAUGGUUUCCAAAACGAGUCAUACCAACAGUAUAGCGCUCAGCAACCAUACGGGUAUGAGCACCGCCAGCAACAAGAGGCACCAGCCCAGAAGCAGCAGUGCAAUCAAUACGCGAAUGGUAGCGAGCAGCACCAGAACCAGCAGACAUACAAUCAACAGCCACGAGCACAGGCCGCUUCCUUUGGCCAGCCCGCCAUGGGUACAGUGGAAGAGACUCCUGCCGAGACGACAACUCGUUGGUCGUGGUCGCUUUACUCCAUGAACCGCAUCGACGGCGCACGCAUGGUGGCCCCGUUGGGUUGUCUGUACUCCCCCCUCGGCACCUCUUGUACUCAGCUCAACUAUGCCCCGACACAGUGCAGUGUGUGCGGAGGGGUGCUGAACCCGUACGCCACUCUCGACCCCCGCAGUCGCAUGUGGGGGUGUCCGCUGUGCCACACCAAGAAUGUGCUGCCGCCACAGCAUCAGCAAGCGAAUGAGUACAAUCUGCCGCCAGAGAUGCAGCCGUCCUCGGCGACGGUAGAAUUUGUGGCGCGUAUGCCAUACCGCAACCCGCCCACAUUCAUGCUAGUCGUCGACACGUGCCUCGAUACGGACGAGGAGCUACAAGGUCUGCGUGACUUCCUGGUACAGUCUCUGCGGAUGAUCCCAGAGUACGCAAACGUGGCGAUUAUCACGUACGGCACAACCGUUAGCAUGCACGAGAUCUCCGGGCCUGCAGCGUACCCGCGUGCCAUGAUGCUGCGUGGCACGCAGGAGAUGACGGUGGAGCAGCUAAAGGCGAUCUUGCCGGACCCCAAGCGAUUUGUGGCACCGUUGCGAAACUGUGCUGCCUACAUGACGCAGCUCAUCUCCUCCAUGUCCCGCGACCUCUGGCCCGUCAUGAAGGGCCAUCGGCCACUGCGGUGCACCGGGGCUGCGCUCUCGGUCGCGGCGAGUCUGCUGCAGAUCGUGUCGCCAAACACGGGCUCCUGCAUCCUUACUUUCAUGUCCGGCGUGUGCACGUCGGGUCCGGGCACUGUGGUAGACGUGAGUCGCGAAAAGAUGAUCCGCGUGCACGCCGACAUCCGCGACGAGACGGCGGCCGCCACGUACUGGAGCACCUCAUGCGCAUUCUACGAAAAUCUGAUGCACCGCAUUGUCGCGCAGGGUCACUCUCUCAACUGCUUUGUUGCCUCCCUGGACCAGUUUGGCUUGGCUGAGAUGAGAACAUGCGUACAAUCCUCCGGCGGUGUUGUGCUGAAUGCGGAGUCGUGGCUCGAGGAGCCAUUUCGCAUCUCCCUUCACCAGUUCUUUGCACGCCGCGAGGAUGGAACGCUCAUGCUGGGACUGAACGCGACAAUGGACGUCAUCACGUCGCCAACGUGGAAGGUGCAAGGCGUCAUUGGCCCCUGCGUCGGCACUGGCAAGAUGUCCACGUCUGUGGCGGAGUAUGAGAUUGGACUGGGUGGUACCUGUCAGUGGACGACAUGCCAGCUUGACUCGACCACCACCUUCGCCAUCUAUUACGACACGGCCAGCACGCAAUCCGCGGAGGCGACUAGAAAUCCACUUCGUUACACCCAAAUUGUGACGAAGUACGAGAUGGGGCAGGAGACGCACACGCGCGUCACGACGCUGACGUUGCGGCAGGCGCAGAACCCACCCAUCCAAGACCUCGUUGCCGCCUUCGAUCAGGAGACCGCUGCCGUUCUGCUGGCUCGCGAGGCGGUGCACAAAACCAGCAGUAUGCCGCUCUUUGAUGUGCUGCGUUGGCUGGACCGCACGGUGGUACGUCUCAUCUCCCGCUUUGGCGAAUACACGAAAGACCAGCCUGACUCGCUGCGGCUGCCGAAAGAGUUUGUGUACUUCCCAGCCUUCAUGUACCACCUGCGCCGCUCCGGCUACCUGCAAAUCUUCAAUUCGAGCCCCGACGAGACGGCGUUCCUGCGCCUGCAGCUGCUCAAGUCCAACGUAGAAGACUCCAUUGUGCAGAUCCAGCCGACCCUCUACAGCUACCGGAUGGAUGCGGCGCCGCAGCCGGUGCCACUCGACAGCACAGCCAUCCAGCCCGACAACGUUCUGCUGCUGGACACCUUCUUUGAGGUGCUCAUUCACUACGGCUCCACCAUUGCUGCGUGGAAGAAGGCAGGCUAUGCAGAGCACGAGGACUAUGCACACUUCAAGAAGUUUCUGGAGGUGCCGCUGGCCGAUGCCCAAGUGCUCGUCGGCUCCCGCUACCCCACACCGCGUCUGAUCGACGUGUGUCAGGACGACCCCGAUGCGCGUAUCUUGUACAACCGAAUCAACCCUAGUCGCUCCUACGCAUCCGCCGAUGGUGGGGCCUACGGCUCGCACGAAGGCGAGCUCGUGUACACGGACGACGCCUCCUUGCAGGUGUUCAUGCAGCACCUCAAGAAACUGGCGGUGGCACAGUAG